GUCUUAUUUGCGUUUGAAUUUAUAUCAAAUUUAUCACUCCAUCCAAGCUUUUAAAUGAUCUACUAAUAACACACACAAGAAAAAAGAACAGUUGGCGUUAUUUUUGAGAAAUAAAACAAAAUGGGAAGAAGAAAGAAAGCAAGAAAGGCACCUCCAAAGAAGAAGAAUGUAGAACCACUUGACUCCCAAUUCAAUUGCCCAUUCUGUAAUCACGAAAAAUCAUGCGAAGUUAAAAUGGAUAGAGAACGAAACACUGGAAUGAUAACAUGUACUGUAUGUCUAGAGGCAUUUCAAACAACAAUUAAUUAUCUCUCUGAGCCAAUAGAUGUAUAUGGUGACUGGAUUGAUGCUUGUGAAUCUGCCAAUCAGUGAAGUUUUUAUAACUGUCUCUUAGGAAUGGAUCAUUUGACAGAAUUGAUGAUUUUAAUGUCAACAACUUUGAACUAUUAUAUUGUUCUUUAAAAGAUGGUAUUAAAGAGUUAUACUGUAAAUUGUGUAGCACUUCAUUUCAAAUCUGAGAGAAAAAUAUGUGAUCUUCAAAAAUGUACAGACAUGUUUUAUUUGUAAAACUUUUAACAAUUCCAGAUAUUGGGACAAUGAGUUCUUACUGUUAAAGAAAAGUAAAUUAUGGAAAAAAAAAAUUCAGUUAUGGUGUAUAUAUUCUAACUGGGAAGGCUUAUAUCACUAUUCAGUUAAACGAAAAAGUAAGCAUGCAGAUUAAAGAUUUUAAUACUUUGAUAUAGCAAAUUUCUAAAAAUAAAAUAUUAUUUGAAAAAAUAAAUUUUCUUAUCCAAUAGCAAAAGUUUGUAAAAAAAUAUACUUUUGAAUAGUUUUGUAAAAUUUAUAGCUUUAAUCUACAGAUUUUAAUAAACAUCUGCAUGCAUAUUACUUAUGAUUUUCAUAAAAAAAAAAUAAGCAAAGGUUGUGUUCAACACAAGGUGAAAAUGGAUAUUUUACAAUGCAUUUUUCCUGUUUGAAAUGACCUUGAAUCAAUCAUUAUUGUUUUUAUUUUUUUAAUACAUAAGCAUGUAUUGUGUAUACAUUAUUUCAAAUAAACACUUUUGCUUAUA